AUGACGUACACAGGGCAAAUUCCCCCGUCUCUCGCCUCCAAAGUCGAUCCCCGGAUCAUCCCCUUCUUCGAACGCUUCUACUCCGUCUCGGACAACCCGACAGCACACGACGACUAUGCGGAUUCCUUCCUUCCGGACGCCGACUUCGUAAUGGGCUCGAAGUCCGUCAAGGGGUACGAUCAGGUCUUGGAGCUUCGGAAGGGGCUGUGGAACGGGCCGAUUCAUAGCAGGAAGCACCACUUGCAUAAGAUUUUCCCGUUUGGAGAAGGCGACGCGGGUCUGGAGUGUAUGUUGUAUGGUAGUGUGGAUUACGGGUUGAAGAAUGGGAAGCAGCUGACUUUGGAGUGGGCGGCGAGAGCGGUGUUGGCCGAGUAUGAGGGCAAGGAGUUGAGGUUUAAGCACUAUCAGGUUUAUUUGGAUUCGGCACCUGUCGCAAAUGCCGCAAAGGAUUAG